UCAAAGUGAGAGCAGAUAGCCAGAAAAUCACCCUCUUUUUAUUGGGAUCUGUGGGGAACACAUCCAAGAUGCUAAGGACCCCGGGGUUGGGCAAGAGCCUUUGGAAGUCCACUGGUUUCUCCACCUCAUCCAAGCAGACAUGGGGGACCCUCCACAGUCAUCUGCUAAGGCUGGAGCGAUGGUGCUCACAAGGUCCCUGUGCACAGAGACCUCGGAAUGAUGCCUCGCACCCACUCUGGAAGGGCCUGGCCUCUGUGCCAGGGGGUACCCGGCAGUCCCCCAUCAACAUCCGCUGGAGGGACAGUGUCUACGACCCGCGGCUGAAGUCUCUCCAAGUGUCCUACGCCGCGACCAGCUGCCUGCAUGUCUGGAAUACCGGCUACUUCUUCCAGGUGGAAUUCGACGACUCCACUGAGGGGUCAGGAAUCAGUGGUGGCCCCUUGGAAAACCACUACAGGCUAAAGCAGUUCCACUUCCACUGGGGAGCAGCGAAUGCAUGGGGCUCAGAGCACACAGUGGAUGACCGUGCGUACCCGGCAGAGCUGCAUUUAGUUCACUGGAAUUCUGUGAAAUACCAAAAUUACAAAGAAGCCAUCAUGGGGGAGAACGGUGUGGCCGUGAUAGGGGUGUUUCUACAGCUGGGGGCCCAUCAUGAGGGGCUGCAGAAGCUGGUGGAAGUCUUGCCGGAAAUAAAGCACAAGGGUGCACGGGCCACUAUGGGCCCCUUCCAGCCCUCCUGCCUCCUGCCCACCUGCCGGGACUACUGGACCUACCCGGGUUCCCUCACCACCCCUCCACUCACUGAGUCGGUCACCUGGAUCAUCCAGAAGCAGCCUAUCGAAGUGGCUCCAAACCAGCUGGCCGCCUUUCGCACACUCCUGUUUUCUGCGCUUGGUGAAGAAGAGCAGAUGAUGGUGAACAACAACCGCCCAGUUCAGCCUCUGAUGAACCGGGAGAUCCGUUCAUCCUUCCAGGCUGUGGAAGAGGGCUCAGAGGUUGGAAGCAACCUCUGAAAUUAAAAAAAGAAAAAAAGAUAGAUAGAUAGAAAGAAAGAGAUCGUUGUUUCAGUCUCUGUGCUUUCCAGUUGCGAGGAAAAGAAACCACUUCAAAGAAGCUUUGGAAUGGUAGGGAACGGAAGUGUGGGACGCACGGGGCAUCUCAGGGCCCCCGGCGGGUGCCUGUCCAGCCCCGUGCACCCGCGCCUCCUCGUCUCAGACAGGCGCCCUCUGAUUCUCCAUGCGCAUGGCCACCCCGUGCUUGCCGGACAACUCAGGGCCUGGGACCCACGUGCACCGUCUCCACCUCCAGACUUCUGGGUGCAGCAGUGUCCUGAGGCUGCUGGGAUGAAUGACCACUAACCAGAGGUGCAAAAGCAACAGAAAUGUGUUUCCUCGUGGUUCUGGAGGCUAGAGGCCUGGUUUGCAGGUGUCGGCCGUGCUGGUUCCCUCUGGAGGCUCCUGAAGAUACGGUCAAGUGCUUUUCCAGUGGCUGCUCAGGACACGGUGCUCCGUUUAGUUGUGGCCAUUCUGGAGGGCGUGGAAUGGCUUCUCCCUGUGGGGUUCUGUUUUUUUGUUUAAUUGUGGUGGAACACACAUUACAUGAUACCCUCUCACCCACUUUUAAGUGAACGGGUAUGUGGUGUUGAUUGCAUUCCCAGCAUCAUGCCACCGACCCCACCAGCCAGCCCCGGAGCAUUCCUCGUCUGGUGAUGGAACCCUGCUCCAGUCCGUGCUCAUUGUCCAUGCCCACCCCCGCCCGUGGCGGCCACCAUCCUGGUGUCUGCCUCUAUGACUUUGACCACGCUAGAAUAAAAUAUAAGUGGAGCCCUA